ACGAAGAAGAAGCAGAACAACAAGAAGAAGUAGUACAAGUAGAGGAACAGAUGAUAACACAGCUCAGUAUUUAACAGUAACGCUCCUGCUCGCAUAAAAUGGACGCAGAACAACACCACAGCAGCUGUGGAAGAAAAACACAGAUCUGAGUUCAUGCGUGUCAGGAGACCUUAAGGCUGCAGGAGGGUGUAGGUCAGUGUGUGAGUAGAAGCUGGAGCACUGAUAGAGAACCCAUGGGUCCAAGGAGGAAAUCACCGAAACUCCAGCCGGUCGGGAGCAGCGGUGUAGGGACAGUGUUCCCAAGUCCCAGUGAGUCCAAGGAUUACAUCAACGAGCUGUCCCAUGAAGUCCUCUGUCACAUAUUCAGGUACCUUCCCAUGAAGGACAUCAUGUGUAUGGAGAGUCUUUCCAGAAAGCUUCGGGAAGCUGUGACAUUGUACCUGCGAGUGGUCAAAGUAGUUGAUCUAUGUGCUGGUCGCUGGUGGGAGUAUAUGCCUUCAGGCUUUACAGACAGCAGUUUUCUUCUCCUGUUGAAGAAGAUGCCAGAUUUGGAGCAACUAUACGGCCUCCACCCUCGAUACCUGGAGAGGAGAAGAGUUCGAGGCUAUGAGGCUUUUAGUAUACCAGGAGUACUGGAGGCACUUCAAGCCUGCCCAAAUCUGCUGGGUGUGGAGACGUCACAUCUGGAGCUGGUGGAAGCCAUAUGGAACUACAUGCCCCAGGUUCACAUACUGGGAAAGUUCCGCAACCGCAACGGUGCUUUUCCCAUUCCUGCUGAGAACAAACUGACCAUCCCCAUAACUGCAAAGAUCCAGACCCUUCAUCUUGUGGGUGUGAAUGUCCCAGAGAUUCCCUGUAUAUCCAUGCUGCGCCACCUUUACCUGAAGUGGGUCCGGUUCACCAAACCACAACCGUUCAAGGACUUUCUGUGUGUGAGCUUGCGUACCUUUGUCAUGCGGAACUGUGCGGGGCCCACCAACUCCCUCAAAUAUGUUCCCCUGGUUACUGGUUUGGCAUCAGCAAGAAACCUGGAGCAGCUGGAGCUGGUGAGAGUUCCCUUCCUGGGAGGGUUGAUUCAACAUGUGGUGGAGGACAGUUGGCGGUCAGGAGGAUUUCGGAACCUCCACACCAUUGUCUUUGGAGCCUGUAAGAACGCGCUGGAAGUGGACUUGGGCUACCUCAUCAUCACUGCUGCACGCAGGCUUCACGAGCUGCGUAUUCAGCCUUCUCUGACCAAGGAUGGAGUCUUUUCAGCUCUCAAAAUGGCUGAAUUGGAGUUUCCGCAGUUUGAAACACUUCAUCUGGGUUUUGUGGAUGAGUUCCUGCUACAGUGUAAGAUGAGUCAUUCAGAGCUGGUGAAGUAUGGUCUGGCUGAUGUCAUUGAAAACCCAGGCAUCAUCACUGAUAUUGGCAUAAAGGUGGUGAAUGAGGUGUUCACUAACAUCAAAUACCUGCUCAUCUACAACUGUCCUCACCUUCAUAACCCUCACCACUGGAUCACAGAUCAGUCCAGGUGGAGCCGCCUUGUUGAUCUUACCCUUGUCCGCUGUCACGCUAUCAAACUGGAAUCCUUCUCCCAGUUCAUAGAGUUACUGCCCAGCCUGGAGUUCAUCUGUCUGGACCAGAUGUUUAGAGAACCACCCAAGGGCUGUGCCAGGGUGGGUCUGAGUGCAGGAACUGGUAUCGGCGUGUCUUCAGCACUGGUCAGCAACCAGAACUCCAACAAUGACAAUGAGAACAACAACAACCAUCACCACCACAACAACAACAACAACGAGGCCAACCUGCCCCCUGCACCCCCACCUGUCAACAACAAUCAAAGGCAGCAGCAGCCACAGCAGCCACAGCAGCACAAUGCACCAGUUGAAGUAAAUGGGAUGGAAGAUGAUGAGGAAGAAGAGGAGGAGGAAGUGAUCUUGGAGGAGGACAACAUGGAGGCUGAGCCUCAGCUAGGGCUAAAAGGAGGAGACCGGGAAGUGAGAGUGGGAGAAGCAGACGUGGCUCCAGGGACUAGCCACAAAUCUGGAACAGCACAACCCCCUGAUGAGGAGCAAGCAGGUCCUAGUGGUUUAGUCCAGCAGUGCAGACCUGCAAGUGCUGCUCUUCCCAAGCCGCCGGUGGUUAUCUCAGACUCCGACAGUGAGGAAGAGGAAGGUCUUGUUUCAAGGCUGAUGCCAGCUUCCUGUUUGCAGCAGCCAGCCUCCUGUACAGAAGGUAAAGGAAAGACUCCUCUGCGGCGGAGCAACACUACAGCUGAUCCGACGAAGGCUCGGGUGUCAAACAGCAGCUGUGAAAAAAGCUGCCAAGUGACCAGUGAACAGAUCAAGGCAGACAUGAAGGCUGCUGCUGAAAACAGUAGAAGGACCAACAGCAAAGGAAUCACGACUGAGGCUCGGGACAGCACUCAGAGGAUGGACAGUGGGACGUUUCAGGGUUCUGCCAGUGCUGGUUCAGCACCAAGGCCUGGAGUGAGGCCAGUGAUUGGCUCUGUUGUCAGAACUGGAGCCGGGGCAGCCACAUCCAGGCCUUUGGGUGGAUGUGGCAGGGUGGUGGUGGGGACAAGCCAUAGAACAACUGCAACCAACGACAGAGCUACAGGAACUGGCAGGACUAAUGAUAGAACAGUGGGCCCUUCUGGAGCAGAGACUGGGGACAGUUGCACAAGGGAAGCAGGGGUGCGGCUGAACUCUAGUCCUCCUGGUGUGGACAGUUCAGAUGUCAGAGGUGCUGUUGUAAACAAUGCUUCCAGGAGACCAGCAGGACUGGUUGGACAGGGACAGGGAGAGAGGCAAAAUGUCCCUGCUAUUGAUUUAAGUUCACACAGUGAAGUUACAGAUGAGAACUUUGUUCCUCGUCGACCUUUGACACGGUCGCGCACUCGUACGUCAUCUGUCUCCCUGGUACCUGAGACAGAUCUCCCAAGAGCCAGGACUCGCGUGGCAGUGAGGAGGAAACGAACGGCUGACAAAUCAACCAGCACCUCAGACCCAGUCACUGAGGAUGACCAUGUGCAGAUUUUGUCACUAAAAAGUAAGAAUCUGGUAGGCAUCACUUUGACCAACUGUGGGAUCACUGACCUGGUUCUCAAAGAUUGCCCCAAGAUGAUGUUCAUCCAUGCCACCAGAUGUCGAGUGCUGAAGCAGCUGACAGUAGAAAGUGCCCCCAUAGUGAACAGAUUUGAUUAUGCUCAGUGUAAGAAGCUGGACAUGGAGCAGGUACUGGAUCAGAUCUUAAGAAUGCCUCCAGAGAGAAACCGCAUCAUCUACAUGCGCCCUAUGCACCAGAUCGACACAGUAGCAUUGGAGCGUCAGCUCUUCCAGGGGCCAUAUCCCUACCACAUAGCUAUUGUGCACGAGUUCAGCAACCCUCCGAACAUUCGGAACAAGGUUCGCAUUCGCAGCUGGAUGGACACCAUAGCCAACAUCAGCCAAGAGUUGAUCAAGUAUGAGUUCUUCCCAGAAGCAACCAGGACAGAGGGGGAUGUCAAGAAGUAUCCCAGAUACCCCUGGGGCAGAGACAUCUACACACUGGAAGGGGCAGUGGAUGGCGCCCCCUACAGUAUGAUAACAGACUUUCCCUGGCUGAGGACUCUGAGAGCAGCUGAUCCUAACUGCUACGCUCGCUAUGACUUUGAGGACGAUGAAAGCUCCACCAUUUACGCCCCGCGGCGUAAAGGCCAGCUGUCUGCUGACAUUUGCAUGGAGACCAUCGGUGAAGAGAUCUCAGAGCGACGACAGAGCAAAAGAGGAGUGUUUCAGAGAGUGGUGGUCCUCUUCCUUCAUCACUGUGAUACACCAGGAGAACCUGUGGAUGAUGACUACAUCUAGAGAGCAGGAAUCACUGUCCGUCACAUCAGAGGGGUCCCUGGACUGAUGCUUGGUCACACUACAGCACAGCCUGAGCUACUACAACACUUGGUUUGAUGUAGAAAUACAGAUUAUUUACUGUGGGAUCUUUGAGUCACUGCUGCACACAUGACAACUCAGGCUUCAUUAGCUUCAUGGACAAGGGAUAACUACAGUAAAGGGGCACAGGGGGGCGCUGGUAAGCUUGAUUAAGCAGGAGUGAGUUGAAGGGACUUAGUAUAAACCCUCCAAAGAAUAUACACUGUUGUGAUUUAGGUGAUUAAAACCAGAUUAUAAUAAUUGUGGAGCCUUUUCAGAGAAACUGAUCAUCCUGUGUAUUUUACUUGUAUGUUUCCUUAUAGUUUGAGCUGAAUCUUCAGGUGUGUUUGAGGCAUCUACCAAAAAUUCUCAGAUAAUGUAAGAAUUGAAGCAAAGUAACGGGAACUCCAGUGGUAAAUUCAGCAUAACAGCAGAUUUCACAGGGGCUUUUAACAUGAGCCAUCAGUCUCUGGUGUAGUCCUGUUCCAAAUCUUGAUGCUGAGCUCCUCUGUCCACUGUGACAUGACCAAUGACACAGAAACUGUGCUUUAUAAUCCAGAUUUUGAGGUUUUCCUCCAGAGGAGAUGAAUUUGUCAGUCAAGGAUCGAGACAGAUAUUCAUUCCAGACAGAGCAAACAAGUAAAGUAAAACCGCUGUGGAUCAACUGUUGUUUGACCCACUGAUCACAGAUGGGAUUAUUUGACCAAAUCCUUUCCAUUGAAAGUGAAUGUGUAUCACAUCAACCCCAUGAUGCAGCUCAUGUUCUGACUCAGCCCUCAGUUUGCUUUAACUUGCAGUAGUUGCCACUGACUCAGCAGCACAUGUAGCUCUGGUCAGACAUGUCCAUUAAUAUGAGAAUCAGAAUUAAUCUUCAGCUGCUCUGUUGUUUGAAUUCUGAGGAUAUAUUUUUGAAUGAUUGCCCCAAACUGUUCAAAAGCCUUUUUCAAGGUUUAAUUUCCUCUUCUGUCAUCUUAAAGGAACCAGAGAAUUGGUUGGCUGAUGAAAGGCUGCCAUGUAUUCAGACAGAUUUGUUCUGCAGUGCCUUGCUAGGUUCAGGAUGUUGGUUUUUCUCACAUCAGAAAGAUUAACGUUGUUUAAAAAUGAACAGAAACUGCUGUGUGCAGGUUGAAUGGACUCGAUUUGAACGAGAGCCUGCCCUUCUGUGUGUACCAACAGCUGUACAGAUGUUAAUGGAUGAUGAUAUUCAUCCAUCCAUGGUGUUUAUAUGUUUAUAAAGAAAGAACAAGACUAUUUCACAUACUGAAAAAUAAAAUAAUUGGGAGAAA